AUGGCUAACAUAGCAUCACAAGAAGAACUUUUUAGUCAGAUUAAAAGACUUCACACUAAUCACAAGAAAACUUCGUCAACGCGUUAUACAGCAAGUUACUUGAAAAUACGGAUAGAGUCGCUUGAAGAAUACUGGAAUCAAUUCCUUGCUGAACACCGAGAAAUUCUUAAGUCUUCAGUAAGCGUCGAAGAGAAAAAGGAACUGAAAGCACUCUAUAAUGAUGUUGAAGAUUUCUAUAUGGAGUUCAAGACUAGUUUAUUGGAACUGACGGAAUCUGUCAUAAUACAAGAAGGUGCCUCACCUCAAGUGCCUCAUGCAUCUCAACCUCAAGUUGUCACAAAGAGUAAACUCCCACCGAUAAACCUCCCUUCAUUUUCCGGUGAUUACCAAGAAUGGAUGCACUUCAAGGAUUUGUUUAUCUCUAUGGUACACAAUGAGCCAGGUCUGAGUGACAUACACAAGCAUCAUUAUUUGAGGUCAAGCUUGAAGGGUGAAGCAGAACAAGUAGUCCGUCAUUUCGAACUCACAGCCGCAAAUUAUGGGAAGGCUUGGAACGCCUUAGUCUGCCGCUACAGCAAUGAUAGAGUGAUAGCUAAUACCAUACUGAAUCGCCUGCUCAAUCAGAAGAAACUCACGUACGAAUGCUCUAAAAACCUCAAGGAUCUUCUUGAUACUACAAACCAGUGUCUCAGUAGUCUAGCAAAUUUGCAGAUUGAUACAACUACUUGGGAUUCGAUAAUCGUGCAUAUUGUGGUAUCCAAGUUAGAUAGUGAAACUCACAAAGCUUGGGAGCAAUCGCUUGGUUCAUCUAUAGAGUUACCCACGUAUAAGAAGCUCACAUCAUACUUAGAGGGACGAUUCAGAGCGAUGGAAAUGGUACAAGCGACACAGAAGAAAGAUAAGAAAGAGACCACAUUUCAACCACCAGCUACUGCACCUAAAAUAAAGAAUGUGGGAUCUUUCACCGCUGAAGUUGAUACGGAAUGCACAUAUUGUAAGAAAAGUCACUACAUCUGCCACUGCACGGAAUUUGCACAACUCGACAUAGAUCAACGCAAAGAAUUUGUAAGAAACAACAACUUAUGCUUCAAUUGCCUUGUCAAAGGACAUUCCAUACGGAAUUGUAGACAAGCCACAACAUGUAGAACCUGUAAUCGCAAACACCAUACGCUUUUACACCACCAGAGUAUAACUGCGAAUACAGUCACUAUGGAGAAACCCACAGAACCUGAUGACACACAAACCAAGCAACUCACAAGUCUGAAGGUCUCACAAAGAGGAAAACAAGUGAUAUUAGCCACAGCACAGAUAUGCUUGAAAGAUAGCAGUGGUUCUCUCGUACAACUCAGAGCCCUUAUUGACCAAGGCUCACAAGGAACCUUCAUUACGGAGUCUGCAGUGCAACUACUGCGACUAAAGAAGACUUUGCAGCCAGCUAAUAUCACAGGUCUCGAAGAUCAAGCAUCAUUGCCACGACACGUCGUUAACUUAGAUAUUUACUCACCGAUAGACACUCACUAUAUAAUGCAAGUUAACGCUCACGUACUCUCGAAGAUAAAUGGUUGGUUACCCUCAAAGGAGUUUGACAUCUCACAAUGGCCUGCCCUGUCCCAAUUGCAACUAGCGGAUCCUCACAUGCAAUCGCCGGGACCUAUUGAUGUUCUACUGGGCGCCGAGGUCUAUGCAUUUAUUUUGCUAGACGGACUUCACAAAUAUAACGAUGACAAGCUUAUAGCACAAAACUCGAAACUCGGAUGGUUUGUCUCUGGAGCGUCUAAAUCACGAAGUGAUCUGCCACCUCACAAUAUUGUAGCUCACCACGCACUCAUCGAGGUAGAUCAACUCCUACGCAAAUUCUGGGAGACUGAAGAGUACAAGCCACAUGAGAAACCGAUAACACAUCUUGAAAAACAAUGUGAAGAGCACUAUAAAGAAACCCACUAUAGACAAGAUGAUGGACGAUAUGUCGUACGAUUACCUUUUAAAGAUGAUCACGAAAAUAACUUAGGCGACUCUCGACAGAUCGCAUUACAGAGACUAAUGCACAUGGAGAAAAGAUUCGCAAACAAGCCUAAAUUUCAGAAGGAUUAUGCGGACUUCAUCGAUCAAUAUCAGAAGCUGAAUCAUCUAGAAGAUGUAGACCCACAACAUAAGCCAACUCACAAAGUCUAUCAUCUCCCCCACCACGCUGUGAUAAGAGAAUCCAGCAGCACAACAAAGCUUCGCGUGGUCUUUGAUGGAACUGCACAGCCGUCAAAUGGCUCAUCUCUGAACGACGAGUUACUUAUUGGACCAUCACUAUUACAAGACUUGCGAGACCUCAUUGUUCGUUGGCGUACUCACAAGAUUUGUUUGCUUGCUGACGUAAAGCAAAUGUAUCGCCAGAUACUCGUCGCUAAAGAAGAUGUUGACUAUCAGCGCAUACUGUGGCGCUCAUCUCCACAAGAUGAAAUCGUCGAGAAACGUUUGUUAACUGUGACAUAUGGUACGUCAUGUGCUCCGUUCCUCGCUAUUCGCACAUUGAAGCAGCUUGCACAAGACGAAAAAGAGCAAUUCCCAGACUUAGUUGAAAUUAUAAGUAAUGACUUUUAUAUGGAUGACUUACUCACUGGUGCGAAUGACGUGGAACAAGCAACUAAGUUACAGAGUCGUAUCACACAAGCUAUGGCAAAAGGGAAAUUUGAAAUGCACAAAUGGGCAUCCAACAGUCCUGACGUGUUGAAGAAUAUUCCUAGUUCGGAAAAAACUAAUCAACCAAGUGUCGAGAUUAAGCUUGAUGAUACCAUCAAAGCUUUAGGUAUCAAAUGGAACUCACAUCACGAUGUCUUCGAACUUAAGGUAGAUAUUUCGGAACCCACAGAACGCUUCACCAAAACGAUUAUGUGCCUGGGCCCAUAA